AUGGAGGCGACCCCCAUUGCCGUCAUUGGCCUUUCGUACCGCGCUCCCGGCAUCGGAGGGAAGGGGCUCUGGGAGUUCCUGGAGCAGGCCAAGUCUGCGUGGAGCGAGUUCCCCCGGAACAGGUACGACCACAAGGCGUUUUGGAAACCAGGCGACCAUGACAAGUCGGGCACCUACCGCGCCGAGGGCGCUCACUUCCUCCCCGACGACGUGCACGCUUUUGACGCCGCCUUCUUCCACAUGAGAGCCGAGGAGGCGCGCGCCUCGGAUCCGCAGCACCGGCUGAUGCUCGAGUGCGCCCUCGAGGCGGCCGAGGACGCGGGCAAGUCGCUGCUCGACCUGGCCGGCACCAAGACCGCCGUGUUUGUCGGGGCCGGGCAGCACGAGUACUCGCAGCGCCUGGGCGAGGACCACCACGCCGCAAACACCUUCUCGGCGACCGGCAUCGGCCCGUGCAUGGUGGCGAACCGGAUAUCGUACUUUUUCGACAUUGACGGGCCCAGCGUCGCCGUCGACGCCGCCUGCGCGAGCAGCGUGUACGCCGCCCACCAGGCCGUUUCCGCCCUGAGCAACGGCGAGUGCAGCGCCGCCUUUGUCGGAGCGGCGGCCCUGUCCCUGACGCCCGGCGGCUGGCUCACCCUCGACAAGAUGGGCGCCUUGUCGACGCACGGCAGGUCGUACUCGUACGACGAAAAGGCCGCGGGCUUUGGCCGCGGCGAGGGCGCCGCCUGCCUGCUGAUCAAGCGCGUCGACGAUGCCCUUCGCGACGGCGAUCCCAUCCGCGCCGUCAUCCGCAGCUCGGCGUGCAACCACGGAGGGAGGGCCGAGGGAAUCACCAUGCCCAACGGCGCGGCACACCGCAAGCUGCUGCGCAUGGUGCAUGACAAGGCUGGGCUGGAUCCUCGCCAGACCCCUGUUGUUGAAGGCCAUGGAACUGGCACAGCAGCCGGGGAUCCCAUCGAAGCUGGUGCCUUUGCUGCCGUCUUGGCCGAGGACCGCACGUCGUCAAACCCCCUCCACCUAGAGGGGGCGAGUGGUGUUCUCGCCAUCGUCAAGGCUGUCUUGAUGAUUGAAAAAGGCGUAGUUCUACCAACCGCUGGGUUUGAAAAGAUGAAUCCCAAAAUUCCAGGACAAGACAGACUCAAGGUGACCUCGAGCCCGAUUCCUUGGCCGGAAAACGAGCUCAAACGAGUCCUGGUGACAAACUUUGGCUUUGGCGGCAGCAACUCUGCCAUUAUCCUGGAGGACGCGGCGCCAUGGACAUCCCGGGGCCGGAUAUCCAAUGGCACGGCUGGCACCAACGGGACAAACGGGACAAAAGAUGACGUUCACGGUACCGACGGUGCCGUCUCAGCCACGAAUGGUGUAAACGGCAGCGGCGCCAACGGCAUCCAUUACAUUAACGGCACAAAUGGUCAUCACACCAACGGCACAGGCGGCCAUCACAUCAACGGCACAAACGGCCAUGGCAGCAACCGCGCCGACCAGUCCGGCCGUCCUCAACUCUUCGUGCUCUCUGCGCGGUCAGAAAAGAGUCUCGCUUCCUACUGCGCCUCCUUUGGCGAGUAUCUCGACGACACCCCCGAAUCCAGAGACUUUAUGCGGAAUCUCAGCUACACCCUCGGUCAGCGCCGCUCACACUUUCCGCACCGCGUCUCUGUUGUAGCCGAUUCGGUAGCCGCACUUCAGGACAAACUGUCAACAUCCAAGCCUAGCCGUGCCAAGGACCAGAAUCUCGCCUUUGCCUUUACAGGGCAAGGUGCACAGUAUGCCCAAAUGGCUUCUGGUCUCGGCCAAUACAAAGUUUUCCGCGAGGCCAUGGACACGGCAGAGGCGCAGCUCCGCGCGUUGGGAGCGCCAUGGUCCCUGACUGAAGAGCUCAGCAAGUCGGAAGCAGAUUCGCUCGUCAAUGAUGCCGAGAUCAGCCAGCCAGCCUGUACCGCUGUGCAGAUCGCCCUGGUCAUGCUCCUCCAGAGCUGGGGUGUCAAGCCGACCAUGGUCACUGGCCACUCGAGCGGAGAGAUAGCCGCUGCUUUCGCGGCUGGCUUGAUCGCGUUCGAGGCGGCCAUCGCUGUUGCGUACUUCCGUGGACAGGCAGCUGCUAUUCUGGCUGGCAGCCGGAGCCGCAGAGGCGCCAUGUUGGCCGUCGGCGUCGGUUCCCACGAGGCCGAGAAGCUGGUGCAGGACCAUGCAGAUGGCCACUAUGCCACUGUCGCUGCCAUCAACAGUCCCAGCAGCGUUACCAUCUCGGGGGACCAACCCGCCAUCGAUGCCAUCCACAAGGCCGCGGAGCGGGGCGGCCUGUUCGCCCGCAAGCUCAAAGUACAGGUGGCGUAUCACUCGCGGCACAUGGAGGAGGUGGCCGACUAUUAUCUGCGAGCCAUCAAGCCGUUCGUUGCUCUGAAGGGACACUCACCGCCGAGCGCUCACGGGGACGAGGGUGAUUCCCGCCCCGUCUUCAUCUCCGCUGUUACUGGACGCGCGCUGGAGCCGGGCGUCGACAACCUCGACGCGUCGUACUGGGUCAGGAACCUGGUCCAGCCUGUCAGGUUUGCAGACGCCAUCCAAACCAUGUUCAGCCCAAAGAGCGGCAAGUCGUCGACAGGGGGUGCGGCCAGAGAUUCUGUUCCGAGCAUUCUCCUGGAAGUCGGCCCGCAUGCUGCUCUGAAGAAUCCGAUAAAGCAAACCGUCGAGUCGGUCCAGACCAGUCGAGGGCAGCCAGCCGCUUCGUCCUUCACCUAUCUCGCCUCGCUUCUUCGUGGAUCCAAUGCCAUGGAUUCCCUCAUGAACCUCGCAGGAUCCCUCUUCAACAUUGGAGGUGUUCCGAUACAGCUCGGCCAGGUCAACCAGACAGAUAUGCACAACGCCCAUGUCGUCACCGGUCUUCCGGCCUACGCAUGGGACAAGUCUGUAAGCUACGAGGUCAGGCCUCGGGCCACCCACGAAGCGCUUUUCCCUGGAGAGCCCUUCCAUCCUCUGCUCGGGAGAAAGAUGGCUGCCACGGGAGGUAACCAGCGGAUUUACAGACAAGUCUUCACCCUCGACGAAAUGCCGUGGAUUCGGGAUCACGUCGUGGCUGGCGCCGUCAUCUUCCCCAUGACGGGAUACAUGUCCUGCGCUAUCGAGGCCGCCAGACGGACCUUGGCCGCUCCAGCGGCGUCUCUCCUCAUUCAGGAUUUCCACGUCGUUGCACGGCUGGAGAUGGAGGAAGAACAGACGGUGGAGUUGGUCACACGGCUUUGGCCAAUGGCGAUAGGCACCGACGCUUUCUCAUCAACGAUUUGGUCCUUUGCAAUCUCAUCGUGGUCAGAGACCACGGGAUGGAGUGUGCAUGCGUAUGGUCGGAUAGAGCCCGAGAUGGAAGACAUGACGACCGCAACCCCGACGCUACAAGCUGGCUUGCGUGACGUGGACACAACCGCUAGCCUGAUCGAGCACGACAUUGUCCGGAGCUACGAGGAAGCCGGCGUGAGGGCCACGCGAUACGGCCCAACGUUCCGCAACUCGGUGCGCUUUUUCGAAGGUCACGGGUACACCGUGUUGGAGCAUCGGCUUCGUGAUCUCGGUGCCGCCCAGUGGCAACCGGGCCCCUAUGGCUCCCACGUCACCGUCGACCCGCCAACAAUCGACGGCUUUCUUCAAGGAGGCGCUCCCCUCCAGAAGACGGAGGACGGGAAAAGGCCGGCGCAAAUGCCAAACUACAUAAGCCGCUUCCGCAUCUCCAACAACAUCCCGGCCAACCCGAAACAGCGCUUCGACAUUGUCACGCGUUUGCUGGAGUACGACGUCAAGGGUGGUCGUAUGCAAGUCAGCGUCGCCGUCUUCGCAAGACAGGGAGACGGCCGCUCACUCGCCCCCAUAGCAGAGUGGGAGUCGCUCGCCUUCCGCACCAUCGGAUCGGCCGACGAGGACGACGGGGACGCCGCGGCGGAAAUCCCCGACAACUGGGUCUGGGAACUGCUGCCCAGAAUCGAUCUCAUGCCGGCCGACGAGGUUUCCAGCAGGUUUGCGCCUGGGCAGCUUGACCAAGCACAAGUCGCGGGCAUUCGGGAUUUGGAAACGGCCGCCUCGUACUAUAUUCACCGAGUGUGCAAGGUCAUGGCCGAGGGCGGCCGCCCAGAGUUGCCCUUUCACCUGUCGCGGUUCGUGAACUGGGCAGCCAGAUAUGUCUCCCGGCACAAGAUUGAGUUUGAUGCCGAGCCGACGGCUCUGCUGGAAAAGGUGCGACGCCAGGACGGUCAGGGCGAGAUGCUGUGCGCCGUGGGCGAGCGGCUCAUGCCCAUCUUGCGGGGAGAAGUGGAAGCCCUUGAAAUCAUGCUCACCGACGGCCGGCUCACACGUCACUACGAGGCAGACUUGGGGAACAAGCUGCUGAGCUCGGUGCUCGGCGACGUGAUGCUCGAUUAUUCCAACCUCGAGCCAAACCUGCGCAUUCUGGAGAUUGGUGCGGGAACCGCCGGCACGACGCUGCCUGUCCUCGAGGCCUUGUCAAGGACGAUAAAGCAGGGCGCGUUCCUCAACUACACCUUCACCGACAUAUCGUCUGGGUUUUUCGAGAAUGCCCGGAACAAGCUGGCCAGGUGGUCCCCGCGCAUCACGUACAAGAAGCUCGACAUCAGCCAGGACCCCCUGGCUCAGGGAUUUGAUGCUGACGAGUUUGACGUCGUCAUCGCCGCCAACGUGCUGCAUGCUACGAAAAACAUGGCCGCCACCAUGGACAACCUGAGGCUUCUGCUCAAGCCCAAGGGCAAGCUAGUCGUGCUGGAAGCAAACCACCAUUCGGUCGUGCUCGUGCCGUUCAUGCUGCUCCCCGGCUGGUGGUACGCCGAGGACGACUAUCGCGACCUGGAGGAAGGGCCCAUGAUGCCGACAGAGGUGUGGAACCGCCUCUUGCUGGACACCGGUUUCUCGGGGGUCGACGCUUGCGUCCAGGUCGGCUCCGGCUCCAAGGGUGAGACGAUGAGCGUCAUGUGUUCCAAAAAGGUUGCCCGCCAGGACAACCCGGGGCCCAUCACCGUAUGCGGGCCGUUGAUUGACGACGACGAGGUGGCGUUCGCCCAGGCGGUGGCAGAUGCCAUAUCGGAGCGUCUCGGGCUUCCGGUCGAGACGAAGCCCCUUGCCGAAAUCGACUCGUCGAGCGACUCGUACUACAUUGUCCUCGACGCGCCUCAAAACACGCUUCUACGAGACGUCUCGCCUGACAAGUUUGAAAGCCUGCAGAGCUUGCUCCUGCACAACCAAGGGUUGCUGUGGGUGAUUCCCGAGGGCGGCGUCCCCGAGACCAGUUUCAUCAAGGGAAUGCUCCGCUCGCUGCGGAUCGAAGAAGGUGAGAAGAGCUUGCUCUUGUUCGACCAAGUGCCGCACACGAGUCGAGGCGUCUCCGGCAUCGUCAAACUGGUGGACGUGUUACUGGAUCCUGAAGCGACCCGCGCCGAGGACCAGGACUUUGUAUGGCACAACGGAUCCGUUCACCUGCCUCGCAUGCGGAUGCUGAAGGACUACAAGGAGCGUUUCGCCGCGGAGCAAGGAGUUUCCUUCCGCAAGGAACAAAACAUGUGGGAGGGAGACGGCGCCCUGGAGAUGACGACGGACGUCUCGGGAAGCCCCGACUCGAUUUACUUCCGCAGGACGCAGAACCUGCUGCAGCAGCAGCUUGGCGAAGACGACAUCAUUGUCGAGGUCGAGGCGGUGGGCGUGAGCCACCGCGAUCUUGAUCUCGUGCUCGGCGCUAUUCCUUGGGCUCCGCCAGGAUUCGACGGCGCUGGCAAGGUUAUCAAGGUGGGCUCGGGCGUGGCGCACCUGCAGGACGGCGACCGGGUCUUUUUCCUGUCAUUGGACGGCAGCGCCUUUUCGACGUACAAGAGGAUGCCGGCCUGGCAUGCAGCCCGGGUUCCGGCACACCUCAGCAUCCCCGACGCCGCCAGCAUUCCGCUCGCGUAUUCCCUCGCAGUUUUGGCACUCAUGCGCACCGCUCGUCUGCGGGAGAACGAGACGGUGCUUGUCCACUCAGCGGCCGGAGCAGUGGGCCAGGCGUGCGUUGCGAUUGCGCAGCACCUGGGCGCUCGAGUGCUCGCCACGGCUGGCACAAGCGAGAAGAGGGAGUUUCUGCACAGGGCAUUCGGCAUACCCGCCAAUCACAUCUUCUCGAGCCGCACACCUCACUUCAGGGACGAGAUUCUCUGCGCGACAGAAGGGAGAGGAGCGGAUGUCAUUGUGAAUUCCCUCGGUGGGGAGCGCCUGGCCGACACCUGGGCGCUGGCCGCGCGAUUCGGCCGGUUUGUAGAAAUCGACAAAAAGGCCGCCUUUCAGAACAACCACUUGCCCAUGAAGACGUUUGACAAGAACGUCUCGUUCAGCAGCAUCGAUCUCCGCGGGCUGUACCAGCACAAGCCGGAAGAGGUAAAGGAAGUCUUUGGCGAAGUCGUGCGGUUGCUUGGACGUCGCGUCAUCACCCCAAUCAAGCCCCUGACAGUCCUGCCAGUGUCUCAGUUUGCCUCGAGUCUCCGCAAGCUCAGAUCUGGCGAUGGCAUGGGGAAGAUUGUGCUCACGCUUGGGAAGGACGAGCAUGUCAUGGCGGAGAGCGCACUGCGGCCGGCGCCGUUUUCGCUCAGGCCCGACGCCACGUACUUGAUCACGGGAGGCACGCGAGGUAUCGGCAACAACCUGGCGUACUGGAUGAUCGAGAACGGGGCCCGAUACGUUGUCUUGCUGGGUCGCAGUGGAGCUUCCGGUUCGGAAGUCCAGAGGAUGCUGGAGAAGUUCCAAGGGACAGACGUCACGGUGCGAGCUCUGGCCUGCGACAUCGGCUCUCGCGAGGACCUCGCCAAGGUUGUCGAAUCCAUUCAGGACCUGCCCCCGGUACGCGGGGUGGUGCACAGCGCGCUUCUUCUCAGCGAUAAACUGCUCGAAAACGCCACAUAUGAGGACUGGGAGAUCAACACCGGGCCGCGAGUGCAGGGCGCGUGGAAUCUGCACGAGCUGAUGCCUGAUAACCUUGACUUUUUCAUUGCCCUUGGCUCGUUCAACGGCGAGAGCGGGAACGGCGGACAAGCCAUCUAUGCCGGCACAGCGGCAUUCUACGACGCUUUCGCCCAGUAUCGCAAUGCCCGUGGCCAGCACACCGUGUCCAUCUGCCUGCCCGUGGUGCUGGACGUCGGCUACGUCGCCGACAGAAGUCUCGGCAGCGCCCUGAAGCAAAGCCUCGGCGCCACGUUGACAAUGGCCAACAUCCGAACCAUUGUCAAGGGCAUCAUUGGCAGGUCGCCGGUGUUUUACCACAACGGCCGGUCCAUCUUCUUCAAGCUGUACCUCGACGGCAAGAGGAUCCGCGACGGACCGUGGGAGUACCUGCACCCGGUGCACGCCAUGGCGCGCCUCAAGGCCGACAAGCUCAAGGACAAGUCCGGCCGGGGCGGGGGCGCGGACGUCUACUCGACCUCGUGGACGGCGGCGGAGAACCCGCUGGAGGGCCUGACCGAGGCGCUCAUCACAAAGGUGGCCGCCAUGGCUAUCCUGGAGCGCGAGGAGGUGCAGGCAGAUGCGCCGGUGGCGUCGUACAACCUGGACUCGCUGGUGUCGGUCGAGUUGCGGAAUUGGGUCCGGAGGGAGACGGGCGUCGAGUUGCAGCUGAGUGCCAUCAUCCAGGCGGCGAGUCUGCGCGCUCUGGCGGCAGACAUUCUGGAGCAGCGGGCCGGCAACAGCGCGGCGUGA